CUAACCUACCGCGUUAACCCACGUCACUUCCGCUCUGACUCUCCCAGCAGGAAGAUGGCGGCUACUUCGAAAGAACACCGACUGUCCCAACAUGUCUACGCUACUCUACAGACCCUGUCAUGUUCCCUGGUGGAAGGUCUAUAUCUGCGUGAGGCUGACAGUAUGCAGGAACUACUGUGUACUCCAUCGCAACACCGCACCGACAUACUGGCAUGGAUCUGUAGCAGCAUCUGUCCAUCUCUCGGUAAGAAACUGCCCACACUCAGAUCUAAAGACCCAAUCUCCCUCAGCCAAGAAUCAAUGUCUCUCUCUCACCUAGAGCUGGCAGUGUUUGGCCAGGAGAUGAUGCUGUGUAGAACAGACGACCUGGACCUGAUCACGGGCCGGGCCUGCCCCCUGCGCCAGCUGUGGUUCCUGGAGCAGCUGCUUACUUUAGUGCCUGACUCCGUGGACAGCAGUGAGGACAGCAGGGCCGGAGGAGAGGGCCUACUGAAGGAACUCUUCUGUCCUGAAGCUCUGCCUCACCUGACACAUGCUCUCACCCCUACUCUCAACCCCUGGCCCUCUGAUAUCAGGGGUGCCAGGAAGGGUCAGAGGUCACUACCCAGCAGGUCGAGGGGCGAGGAGGUUGCUGAUGUCACAGCCCUGCUGGAGUCCACUCACGCCGCCCUGGAACAGCUGCAUGACCAGUGUGUGUUCCUGCGUGGUGAGGAGGCCAGUCCUAGCCGGUUCUCUGUGUGCGCGUUACGCGUAGCUGUGUCUGAUCUGGCCCAGAUGAUGAGUGUGUUCAGCCGUGUGUACGACACGGACUUCAGAUCCUACUGCAGCAGAGACCCUCCCAGCCUCAGAUCACACACACACAUCUUCAGCACUGUCCAUAGGCUGCUCAACGCCUGCAACACGGAGCUAGAGGUCCUGCAGCAGGUAUCAGAGGUGUCUGUAUGUCUGUCUGACACGGUGAAUGAGGUACACUCGGACCCUUGCUACUGGAGUCACGGACACAAACGCACCCUCUCCACCCAGUUGGAGGACCUUACCAAGAGAUACACGGAGUUCCUUUCUCUUCACCACGGAACGGAUAGCAAACCGCUAACCGAACCCUGAACUCCAGACUGAAGCUAGCAGGCUACCGCUAACCGAACCCUAAACUCUACAGACAACUAUUAGCUUGCUACUGCUAACUCUCCAUGAUCACCACAUGCAUUUCAAUGCUACGGUUGUUCUAGUAUCAGUGCUAACUGUGUAACUGUUACUAGGGCAGUAGGCACAUCAUUAUCUAGCUUGGCUUUCCAUGUUCCCAUCUUAGUUUUUAAAAAUGUUACAAUACACUUUCUCAACACCAGAACUGCAGACAACAUUGUUUUAUGUUGUCUGUGUGUGAUAUUUGUCUCUCUUGGUUGCACCGGGUCUCUUGAAAAAAAUAUUUUAUCGUUACUAACCUGGAUAAAUAAAGGUUACUAGUUUCUGAA